GCACUGCUUUUCUGUCUUACGGCUGCGCGUGCAUGCGCGCUGCGCGUGAGCGUCGUCUUCUGCUGUGCUGUGCCGUACUGUCGGGCUCACAGCUAGAAAUGGCGCAGCGGGCUGCCCACCUCCUCUGUCCGCGUCUACUACUCACCGCGGCUUGCCUGUUGCUCGCGAGCGGACCCCAGUCGGUUCUCUGUUGCCCGAGUCGCUGUUUAUGUUUCCGAACCACCGUGCGAUGCAUGCAUCUUAAUCUGGAAACGGUACCGGCUGUCUCUCCCCAGACCACCAUUCUGGACCUAAGAUUCAACAAAAUCAAGGAUUUACAAACAGGAUCAUUUAGCCGAUUAAAGAACCUCAACACACUCCUCCUAAACAACAAUCAUAUAAGAAGAAUCCCAAGGGGAGCAUUUGAAGAUCUUGAAAACCUAAAAUAUCUCUAUUUGUACAAGAAUGAAAUCCAAUCAAUUGACAGACAAGCAUUUAAGGGGCUUGUCUCUCUUGAGCAACUGUACCUUCACUUCAACAUCAUUGACUCAUUGGAACCAGAAUCAUUCAGUCACUUACCAAAGCUUGAACGACUGUUUUUGCACAACAACAGAAUCACCCAGCUGGUGCCGGGAACCUUCUCUAAUCUACAGGCCAUGAAACGACUGCGACUGGAUUCGAAUUCUUUGAACUGUGACUGUGAGUUGCUGUGGCUGGCGGACCUUCUGAAACAAUAUGCAGAGUCAGGAAAUGCCCAAGCUGCUGCCACGUGCGACUACCCUAGCCGUCUGCAGGGAAGAUCAGUGGCUACACUUACAGCCGAGGAGCUCAGCUGCGAGAUACCCAGGAUCACCUCAGAGCCCCAGGAUGUAGAUGUUACAUCAGGGAACACAGUCUACUUCACCUGCAGGGCUGAGGGAAACCCUAAACCUCAGAUCAUCUGGCUUCGUAACAACAAUGCUCUUAACAUGCGGGAUGACAGUCGUCUGAACCUACUAGAGGAUGGGACACUGAUGAUUCAGGACACAAGAGAGACCGACCAGGGAGUCUACCAGUGCAUGGCCAAAAAUGUGGCCGGAGAGGUUAAGACCUCUGAGGUCACACUGCGAUAUUUCGGAGCCCCUUCACGUCCAAGUUUCGUAAUCCAGCCCCAAAAUACGGAGGUAUUGGUGGGUGAGAGUGUGACUUUGGAGUGCAGUGCCACAGGUCAGCCACAACCUCGAAUCUCUUGGACGAAAGGAGACCGGACGCCGCUGCCCAACGAUUCCCGGAUCAACAUCACUCCCUCUGGAGGGCUCUAUAUUCAGAAGGUGGUCCAGACCGAUGGAGGACAGUAUACCUGUUUUGCCUCCAAUAAUGUUGAUACAAUUCACGCCACAGCUUACAUCAUUGUCCAAGCAAUCCCUCAGUUCACGGUCAUACCGGAGGAUCAGUCAGUCCAUGCCGGCCACACAGUGGACUUCCCAUGCGAGUCAACAGGUUACCCUCAGCCAGUUGUCGCCUGGACUCGUGGUGGCAGCCCAUUACCUCUGGACCGCCGACACUUAGUCCUGUCUUCUGGCACUCUUCGAAUCACCCGGGUGGCAGCCCAUGAUGAGGGGCAGUACGAGUGCCAGGCCGUCAACCCAGUAGGGACUGUUCGCACUGCCGUGCAGCUCACCAUUCAACAGAGAGUAACGCCUGUUUUCACAAAUGCUCCAAGGGACGUGACGGUGGAGUCUGGCCAGGAUGUCCAGAUUCCCUGCAGCGCUCAAGGCCAGCCACAACCUGUUCUUACCUGGAACAAGGAUGGUGUGCAGGUGACAGAGAGUGGUAAAUUCCACAUAAGCCCAGAUGGAUAUUUAAAGGUAAUGGAUGUGGGCACCGCUGAUGCUGGCCGCUAUGAGUGUGUCGCCCGUAAUCCCAUUGGCUAUGAGGUCGCUAGCAUGGUGCUAACUGUCACAGUUCCAGCAGUGAGCAGAGAGGGCGACACCUUCGUGAGCACAUCCAUUGAGCAGGCAAUUCGUAAUGUGGACAGCGCUAUUGAAUCUACAAGGAGACGUCUGUUUGAUGGUCAGCCUCGCACCCCAGGAGAGCUUCUUGCCCUUUUUCGUUAUCCACGUGACCCUUACACAGUGGAGCAGGCUCGUGCUGGCGAGAUCUUUGAGCAGACUCUCCUUCUCAUCCAGAAUCAUGUCAACCAGGGUCUCAUGGUUGACACCAACGGCACUGAGUUUCGCUACAACGACCUGGUGUCCCCGCACUUCCUGGAAGUGAUCGCCAACUUGUCCGGCUGCACAGCCCACCGCCGCAUCAACAACUGUUCUGACAUUUGCUUUCACCAGAAGUACCGCACUCAUGAUGGCACUUGCAACAACCUGCAGCACUCCAUGUGGGGCGCUUCACUUACUCCAUUCGAACGACUCCUGAAAUCAGUCUAUGAUAACGGCUUUAAUCUACCAAGGGGAGCCACUGAGCAGGCACACAAUGGCUACAGGCUGCCUCUGCCGAGGUUGGUGUCCACCACUAUGAUUGGAACAGAGUCCAUCACUCCUGAUGAGCACUACACUCAUAUGCUGAUGCAGUGGGGUCAGUUUCUGGAUCAUGACUUGGACUCAACUGUGGCGGCCCUCAGCCAGUCACGGUUCUCUGAUGGACAGCUGUGCACUCAGGUCUGCACUAAUGACCCGCCAUGCUUCCCCAUCCAGUUCCCUCCCAACGAUCCACGGCAGCUGAGAAGUGGUGCACGCUGCAUGUUCUUUGUCCGUUCCAGCCCUGUGUGUGGUAGUGGGAUGACCUCUCUACUCAUGAACAGUGUGUUUCCAAGAGAGCAAAUUAACCAGCUCACUGCUUACAUCGAUGCAUCAAACGUCUAUGGUAGUUCACGACAUGAAUCUGAGGAGAUCCGCGAUUUAGCCAGCCAACGCGGUUUGCUACGGCAGGGAAUUAUCCAACGUACAGGGAAGCCACUGCUGCCCUUUGCGACAGGACCGCCCACUGAGUGUAUGAGGGAUGAGAAUGAGAGUCCGAUUCCCUGCUUCUUGGCUGGAGACCACCGUGCCAAUGAACAGCUGGGACUGACCGCCAUGCACACAGUGUGGUUCAGGGAACACAACCGGGUAGCCACAGAGUUACUCAGGCUGAACCCCCAUUGGGAUGGGGACACCAUCUACCAUGAGGCCAGGAAGAUAGUGGGGGCCCAGAUGCAACACAUCACAUAUAGUCACUGGUUGCCAAAGAUUCUAGGCGAGGCAGGCAUGAAGAUGAUGGGGCCGUACACAGGUUAUGACCCCAAUAUUAAUGCGGGUAUCCUCAAUGCUUUCGCCACUGCGGCAUUCCGCUUUGGGCACACCCUCAUUAACCCGAUACUCUACAGGUUAGAUGAGGACUUCCAGCCCAUCACCCAGGGUCACAUCUCCCUGCAUCGGGCCUUCUUCUCACCCUUUCGCAUCGUGAACGAGGGUGGCAUUGACCCACUGCUCCGCGGGCUCUUUGGCGUCGCGGGUAAAAUGCGGGUCUCCUCGCAGUUACUCAAUACAGAGCUGACUGAGAGGUUAUUUUCUAUGGUCCACGCUGUGGCCUUGGACUUGGCAGCCAUGAACAUACAACGAGGAAGAGAUCACGGGAUUCCGCCAUAUAAUGAUUACAGGACUUAUUGUAACCUGACAUCUGCUCAGACCUUUGAGGAUUUGAAGAACGAGAUUAAGAAUAACAAUGUCAGAGAGAAGCUACAGAGGCUUUAUGGCACUCCUCUAAACAUCGACUUGUUCCCUGCCUUAAUGGCUGAAGACCUGGUUCCUGGCAGUAGAUUAGGGCCCACCCUGAUGUGUCUGCUGGCUUCUCAGUUCAAACGCCUUCGGGAUGGAGACAGGUUCUGGUAUGAAAACCCUGGGGUGUUUACACCUGCCCAGCUAACUCAGCUGAAGCAGGCCUCUCUAUCUCGGGUGCUGUGUGACAACGGAGAUAACAUCACACGUGUGCAGCGUGAUGUCUUCAGGGUGGCAGAGGUUCCGCAUGGCUACAGCAACUGUGACAACAUUGCACAGAUCGAUCUGCGCAUGUGGCAAGACUGCUGUGAAGACUGCAGGACCAAAGGUCAGUUCAAUGCGCUGUCCUACCACUUUAGAGGGCGCAGGUCAGCUGAUCACAGUUACCAAGACACCAGACCUGCCGACAGCAUAAAAAAAAACAGUCUCAUGCAAGAAGCCAGAAAAAGCUUUGUGAAUGUUACUCUGACCUCCAAAAAAAGCACUGAUCCCCCAGUUAGCGAAUUCCAGGACUUUGUCUCUGACAUGCAAAAGACAAUCACAAGUUUACGCAAACAGAUUAAAAGACUCGAAGCCCGUCUGAGCAAGACUGACUGCACUGACAGUAACGGGCGUGAACGGACAAAUGGAGACCGAUGGAAACACGACCUGUGCACACAGUGUGAAUGCAAAGACGCCAGAGUCACCUGCUUUGUGGAGUCUUGCCCGCCAGCCCAGUGCAGAGAGCCUGUCAAGCUAAAAGGCGGCUGCUGCCCCUUGUGCUUGGAUGUCGCCAAGUUGCAAAAAGCAGACAGCAGCCAUGAAUAAUCCUCAGGACCUCCUGCCAAUCACACACUCUUUUCUGAAACACUCAGAGUUCCACCGAGAGGAGGAGACUCUUGAAGGCGUCUGUGACCACCAGUUGCCUUGUACACCCUUUUGUUCUUUUGUAUUCUUUUUUUUGUUUUUUUUGGAUCAGGGGAGAGGGUCAUGAUUUGUUAUUUUUGGAUCGUUGCCUCCUCUGGCACUAAAUGGAUUCAUCUCUCCUCCCUGAGGCCUCCCCAGUGCAACAAUUUAGUCUCUGUGUUUGCCCCAUCUUGGUGUCAAAUCACAGGGCAAGUUGCCAUCAGCCUGCGGGAAAGGGAAGUAGAUUGAGAGGAGCCCGGCCAGUGUUUUCUCAGGUUAGAGAUGCUGAAAACUGGUGCUAUUUUACCCCAUAUGAAUGAAUUAAUCACUAAAUACCUGUACCUUCAAAGUAUUGUCAUUUGUAUGCAAAGCAACCUAUAUCCACUUAUCUGCCUUUUUUUAAUGCUGAAUCACAAAUGAGAUCAUUUUAUACAACGUAAGAGGUUUUAUAAAUAGUUAGAUCAUCUUUUAACCUAAGGUGCUUUCAUGUCAUGUUAUAACAUUUUUUUUUCUUUAAUUCAAAUGAACAUAAUGUGAAGCCCUAUGAAUAUUUUGAUGUAAAAAAAAAAAAAAUGUCUACUGAUUUGUGCUCCUAAAUGUCUGUGCCGGCCUUUUCUGAGUACUGUCAUGUUGUGACAUCAUGUCUGUCCCAGUGUUGUGCUCAGUCUGCGAAAUGAAAUUGUUAGUGAGGAACAUCUAGAAGGUAUCUAUGAAACCUAGUUCUAGGUGAGGUUUUCUUAGUUGUACUAUAUCUGCCAAUACAAAAUUUAUCAUCUUAUAGUACACACACAUUCACACCCAAUUGAAGGACUGCAAUAAUUACUGUUGACUUUUUUUUUUGCCUUCAAUGGACCUGCAGCACUGGAUUGGAUACAUUCUAUUGUCAAACAUCCACAUAUAUAUAUUUUUUUUUUUUGUUUGUUUUUUCAAAAAUUGACAUGAAAUAUUUGAUCUUGGCUUCAUUUCACGAGUGUCUUCACCCUUUUGAGGGUCCUAUUUAGUACUGAGGCAUUUAGAAAGAUUUGCCGUGCUUGUUUCAUUGCCAAAUGUUUAGCAUGGCGUUACGUCAUGUAGCACGCUGCAGAGCACGUUUCUUUAACCCUCCGACCCUCAUUCCGCUCUAAUGGAAGCCAUAUGAGAGGUGGGAAGUAAUGUCGGGGAAGGCUGCUGAACAUUUGGAUACAGACAAUCAAAGCACAUUUCACGUGUAGCGUUUUUGCAUGCAACCCGACACUGCUCGGACACAUCAUGUACAUAAACAACUGAGAUUCAAUGCAAUGGCUCAUUUGUGUAACACAAGUCAUGUUUUUUUGUCUUCCUGUAUUGUGUUGAAGCAGCCGCAGUGUUCCCCUCCAUUGUUUUCAUUAUGCGGUAACGUCCUGAGCAAGCAUCUGUCACUAAACCAAAAUAAUACUGUCUGGAAUGUUCCAUUCAAGACAGGUUUUUACAUUAAACUGUGUGUUUACAGCUCUCCUAGUCUGCACCAGAAAGUACUCCAUUAUGUAGUCUAAAAUGGCUCCACUGUUUGUCCGUUUUACUGAAUGUAGUGUUCUCAUGAAUAUUCCUGGACAAUAAUCUUGAAUGUGUCCUUAGCUCAUUAACAGCCAAAUGCAAUUUGGCCCCAUUUCCAAGGUUAUGUGCUGUAGCGCUGUGAGGUCUCUGUUACCUUGGGAAAUGUGUUUCAGUAGUCGUCUUUACGAGAACUUGCCCUUUCCCCCUCUUAACUCAUUCAACGGAAUGCACUGCUCUGCAAGACUGAACAUGCCUUACCAACACUGUCCCUUUACAGGUGGUCAAUGUGGCUAUACUCGUUUCUAUCAUGACAUUUGUAUUGUAUGUUUGCCAAAGAAUCGUUUGCACUGUAUUGUAUGCCUCAAUAGUAAUAAUAAUAAUUAAAAAAAAUAAGUUUGUUUUACAUACAUACACAAUUGUUGUUGGUUCUUCUGAGCACCUACAAGUCUAGGGAAGUUGCUCUACAAUGCUGAAGGUUGCAUGUCCCAGA